AUGGCCAUCAACGUUGUCGAGACAGAUGCGAACAAGGACCCCGCCAUCACGUACGGUGACGCGUCCAAGGGACUUGACGUUUUCAGCAAGCCCAUGAGGCUCACGAGUCCCAUGACAUCAACUCUCGUGAUACAGGUUAAGCAGGAUAACGCGAGCAACGCGGAUGAGGGAUGGCAGUUUGACAAGUAUCUGAAGAGCGUGCCGCGAGGCCUGUGGUCAAAGUAUGACCCAAGCACCGAUCCCCGCAACAGCGACAAAAAUAUCGGUGACCUUCUCAAAAACGACAAUGGCGCCAUGCCCCUCAUGAUGGGCGUAAAAUUCACCUCGCCAAAGCCGACCGUGUCACCUGACCCCUUCCCAGCAUUCAAGGUUGCCGACGCGGACCUGCAGCGCCUCUUCGCCAAGCGGCGUUUCCCUACCAUGGUCGACGCCGACGCCGCCUGGGCUCCUGCUAAGCCAUUCUCGGGUGCCGACGUCCAGAAGCAAUACAAUGCCGUGUACAACAUGUGGACCAACCCGGCUCUGGGAACGGACGACGCUGGGCAAAAGGGGUUUGUAGGACUUUGGCAGAAAGCUUGA